CGAACCGGAUGUGCUUGUCGGCUGUUGCUCGCUUGGAGCGGCGGUAUGAAAAAAAUGGCCACCGUCGAAUUCGGUGAACUAUCGGUGGCGUUUUUAUUAAACUGUCCUUUUUAUUAACAAAAGCAACCGAGCGAACUAUGCGAGUCGUGCCGCUGCCGGCGGACAACCGCAGCUAACAGGCGCUAGCUUAGCUCGUCCAACCGCCGUCGGAGGGGCUCUGCGUCCGCGGCUGAAGCAGAUGGGCUCCUCGGUGUAUUUGGGCUGAAAGGCGGAAGACUGCGCAUCAACACAGCGAGCCAGAGGCGCGACGGAGCUACAGCGAUUCACCCCGACUACCUCCCCCCGCGAAGGAGGCCGAUUCACCAGGAGUUAAAGACAACAGAGGACCCGCCUCCUCUGAUUUAUGGAGCCACAACACGCCGACUCAAACUGAGACGGCGUUGACACUCCGCUAGACGCCCCGUCCCCCGCGUCCCCCGCAAGAGGAUGGCGAGCCGGAGGAAGUCCACCACCCCGUGCAUGGUCCCUCCUCGGGCGGCCGUGGACUCGGACCAGGAGAUGGAGGACGCGGCCGACGCCGCAGAGCCGGAGGAGGGCGACGGCGCCGAGGAGCCGGAGGAGGCCCGCCCGGACCACUGCCUGGAGCCCGGCGCCGCCGAGGGGGGCUACGAGUGCAAAUACUGCAGCUUCAGAACGUCUGAGCUCAACCUCUUCACUGUGCACGUAGACACGGAGCACCCGGACGUGGUCACCAACACCUCGUACGUCUGCAUGGAGUGUGACUACCACACCAAGAGUUACGACACGCUGCUGGCCCACAACGCUCGCCUCCACCCGGGCGAGGACAACUUCACCCGCACGAUGGUGAAGCGCCACAACGAGACGGUCUUCCAGCAGACGGUCAACGACCUCACCUUCGAUGGCGGCUUCGUGAAGGUGGAGGCGGAGGAGGAGGCGGAGGAGACGUCCCGCAACAGCAUCGCUCUGAGCAAGACGCCCAUCAUGAGGAUCAGGAGCCGUCCGGAGCACAAGAAGUUCGCCGCCCUGCACAGGAUGGCCGUCGACGACGUCAUCAAGGUGGAGAGCGGCGAGGAGGGGGAGGAGGAGCCACCCGCGCUGUCUCCCGCCCCGGCCGCCGCCCCCCCGCGCCUCAUCCCCGUCUCCGCGCCGCUGCAGGUCCACGCCGUCCCGCAGAGCAUCGUGGUCAACAGCUCCAACAUGCUGCAGUUCAGAGGGGGGUCGGGCGGCGGGGGGGGCGCCGUGCUGCCCCCUGGGACGCUGGCCCAGGUGCUGUCGGCUCUGCAGAACCAGCAGAACUGCAGUCAGACGCAGCUUCUCAUCCCCAUCAGCAGCAUCCCCACCUACAACACGGCCAUGGACAACAACGUCCUGCUGGUCAGCGCCUACAACAGGUUUCCGUACCCUUCGGUCUCGGAGAUCAUGGGUUUGUCUUCGCAGACCAAGUUCAGCGAGGAGCAGAUCAAAGUCUGGUUCUCCGCCCAGCGGUUGAAACACGGAGUGAGCUGGACGCCGGAGGAGGUGGAGGAGGCGAGGAGGAAGAAGUUCAACGGCACGGUGCAGACCGUCCCUCAGACCAUCACCGUCAUCCCAGCCAACAUCGCCGCGGCCGCCAACGGCCUCCAGUCCAUCUUCCAGACCUGCCAGAUCGUGGGCCAGCCGGGCCUCGUCCUCACGCAGGUGGCCGGCAGCGGGAGCGCCGUGCCGGUCCCCUCCCCCAUCACCCUGACGGUCGCGGGCGUCCCCGGCAACCAGCCCAAAGCCGCCGAGCCGGCGGCCACCGAGUCCAAGACGGAGAUGUCUGGCGGCGCGGCGGCUGCCCUGGACGCGGCGGCGGCCAAGCCGAAGAAGUCCAAGGAGCAGCUGGCGGAGCUGAAGGCGAGCUACGGCCGCAGGCAGUUCGCCACGGAGGCGGAGAUCUCGCGGCUCAUGCAGGUCACCAGGCUCUCCAAGCGGGCCAUCAAGAAGUGGUUCAGCGACACGCGCUACAACCAGAGGAACUCCAAGGAUCACCACGGCGCCCCGCUGGGCGAAGCCACACCUGGCCGGGCGCCGGGCGGGGGGCGAGGGGGCGCCGGGAGGAACAGUGGGGGCCUCAACGACAGCGACAACAACAACAACAACAACCACGCCCCGGGCGCCGCCUCCACCACCAUCGUCAUCGACUCCAGCGACGACGCCAGCGACUGCUCCCCGAUGUCCGGCGCCGCCCCGUCCGCCAGCAACCCGCGGGUCAAGUUCCGCCACGCCUUCCCCGACUUCACGCCGCAGAAGUUCAAGGAGAAAACCCCGGAGCAGCUGCUCGUCCUGGAGGCCAGCUUCCAGAAAUCCGACACGCCCCCGGACGAGGAGCUGAGCCGGCUGCGCGGCGCGACCAAGCUGACGCGGCGCGAGGUGGACGCCUGGUUCACCGAGCGGCGGAAGAUGCCUUCAAAGGAGGAAGAGGAGGAGGACGAGGAGGAGGAGGAGGCCUCGUCCUCGGCGCGCACGCCCUCCGGCAGGAAGGUGGUGAAGAAGACGCCGGAGCAGCUCCACAUCCUGAAGAAGGCCUUCGUGCGCUCGCAGUGGCCGACGUCAGAGGAGUACGACCAGAUGGCGGAGGACAGCGGCCUGCCGAGGAUCUACAUCGUCAACUGGUUCGGAGACACGCGCUACGCCUGCAAGAACAGCAACCUCAAGUGGUACUACCUGUACCAGAGCGGGAAGGUGGACGAGCCGCUGAACGGCCGGGCUAAGACCCCGAAGAAGUCCAGGAAGCGGUUCCGCGGUUGGUCCAGGAGGACGCGGCGGCCGUACCCCUGCAAACGCUCCCCACAAGGGGGCGGCGCCACCGCCAUCAAGGUGAAGUCCGGGAAGUCGUUCCUGAAGGACUAUUUCCUGAAGCACCGCGGCCUCAGCGAGAGAGACCUGGACGACCUGGUGACCAAAUCCAGCAUGAGCUACGAGCAGGUGAGGGACUGGUUCUCCCAGACCGCUGGCAGGGUGGAGGAGGGCCGGGAGCCUUUCAGCGACGAAGAGGAGGAUGGGGAGGAGGACGAAGAGGAGGAGGAGGAGGAGGAAGAAGAGGAAGAGGAGGUGGUGGUGGAUCCUGCUGAAGAACGUGCAGACAACGUAGAAGAGAUGGAGGUGAAAGAACAAGGAGAAGAAGCCACUGGUGACAACUGCAAUGAGGAAGAGGAGGGGGAGGAAGAGGAGGAGGAGGUGAUCCAGGAGGAGGUGAUCCAGGAGGAGGUGAUCCAGGAGGAGCGUAAAGGUGUCAGCCAAUCACAGCCCCCGGCAGAGGAGCGAACAUGAGCUGAGAGCAUCAUCGUUACCGUGGAGACCACGCGUGUCAGUGUUUCCCAGCCGGCGGAUCGGGAUCCAAAGAUGGCCGCCAGAGGCUGCGACGGGAAGUCACGGCUCGGGUGCCGACGCGGCUGAGAAGCAGUGAGAUGAUGAUGAUGGGACUCAGGAGGUGGUUUCUUCCUGCUGGAGGACUUUAGGGACCAAUCACACGACGCAGUGAGUUCCAGCCCACACGGACGACUUUUAUUUUGGCGAGAACGACGGGGAUUUUGUGUCAUUUUUUCUUACUCAAAAAAGAGAGUUUUUAAAGUAGAGGUGAGACCUCGCACGGUUUUCUCAAUAAUAACGAAUAACUUUUUGCAGAAAGGACCGUUUUCUAAAGUGGACGUCUCAAAACAACGAGAACAUACAAAAUAAUAAAGAUGUUUUAUCUGUGAAUAGACUGAAAUUAGUGCCAUUCUGUUUAUAAGUACUUGAUAUGAAUUAAAGAAAUCAGCGCUGGAUUGAAUUCCACAAUCCGUGUUUUGACUUUUUGUAUUUCUCUCUUUGUUUUUUAUCUAAAUGAAGUGGGGACUGGAUCCAUUUCUUUCUUCUGCUUUUGAGUUGUUUUGAUGGUUUCCAUGUGAGCAGCUGUUUGGUUUCAGAGACAUGGAUUCGCUUUGUGAGUGUUUACCUCCAAACACGCAAACACAUUAAAGGGAAAAUCCACCGUAAAAGCACGAGAGAGAGCUUUUAUUUUAAGUAGUUGGAUUAGCUUUUAAAAAUGCAGCUGACAAUAUAUAAUAAAUACUGAAACAUUAUUAUAGCAACGAGCUUAGUGUCGCUAACGCUAACAGGCCGAAUAUCUUCUUCAGUCUCAACGACCCUUUAAAUCAACAAAAUACCGUUAAUCGUUAUUUGAAAUAUAUUUCAAAUACUUUUUUUUUCUGAUCUGGUGGAAGAUGUUUUUUCAGGUGGAUUUUUUCUUUUAACCCCAACAACAUAAAAUAAAAACAUAGAAGGAUGUUACAGAUUUCUUUAUUCAAACAAGGAGCAGAAUUAUUGAUGAUAAAUAAUGGUUUUAUUUGUGUCCUCGUCCAAAAAGCUAAACGGCGUUUGUGCUUCUUCAGGAAACCGACUUUACCUCCUGCGACUUUUACACUUUAACCUUUUAAUACCGGAUGCAUGAAAAGCCACCAGAAGCUUCUCAGACGGCGUCUUGUUUUUGUCUAAUAAACAACAAUUAAACAACUCA